AUGGGUAAACAAUAUAUAUCGACAGUCAAUGCCGCUCAAGCACACAAGCUGGAUAUAGUGGGAUUAUCAGUGACUGAUAAGUUCACAAUUUCAGUGUCCAGUGAUGGAACAGCACAUUUCUGGGAUAAUCAACAAAAAGAAGCACAUAAUCCAACCGACUUUGUAAUAAAGAAGUUUAUAAAUAAAGUAGGAUUGCAUCAUAUAGCUACUUAUGAAAAUGUAUUACCAGAUUCUACUAUAAAAGUUGUAUUGAUAGCAUUUGCUUCAUUUGAUGGUUCAAUUACUUUGAAUUACUACUUAAAUGAUGAUAUUACUACCUGGAAAGAAUUUGAAGAUGCCGAUUUAAAGAAACAAUAUUGGGCACCAGGAUUUUAUAAAGAUCCAGAAUCAAAACAGGACUAUUUUGUGAUUACCAAGUCUAAUGGAGCAAGUGAUGUUUUCAAUUUGAAUAUUAAAGAUAAUCUGAAGUCUGACAUUAGUAUAUCACUUGAAAAGGUUGGGGAAUUAAAUGCUAAUAAGUCAGCUUUCCCCAAUGCUUUAGCAAUAAGUCCUACAUCAGAUAAAAAGGUAGCAGUAGGAUAUACCAAUGGUGAGGUUUAUAUUUAUGACUUGGAGCUGUUGAAACCAAUUUACACAUUUCAUUCAUCAGACUUACAAGUGUCUGGAGCUUCAACUACGUCAGCUUCAAUUCCAAGAGUUAUAGAGUUCUCGCCAGGUGGAACUUUACUUGCUGUUGCUCGUGAUAAUCAAUCAUCUGGUUCUAUAACUUUGUAUGAUGUCAAAUUUGGAGAAAAUGUUGGAACUCUAACUACUCCAUCUCAUUCUUCAAAAGCUGCUGUGGGUGGUUUUGCUCAUAGUGGAUGGAUCAUGGGAUUAAGUUUCGACGAAGCAGGUGAAAACUUAGUUAGUUGUGGAUUUGAUAAAUGUAUACGUGUUUGGAAUUUAGAAACCAGAGAAAGAGAAGCUACUAUAACGAUUUCCAUAACUGAUUUAGAAGAUACUGAACAUAAUGAGCAAUAUGACAAAAGUGUAGCAAGUGGAGUUUCGUUUAUUAAAAAAGGAAUCAGAGGUGGAGCUGGUGGUGAUAAAAAUGAAGGGUUGUGUGUAAUUAGUUUUGAUAGAGGAAUUAGAUGGUAUAGAGAAGCUGGAGGAGUAUAA